UUUGGAAAAAAAAACGAUUCAAAGAUAAGGGAGCCCGGGAUUUGUACAGCCGGAGCUCGUCGGAGGCCCGAAGGAUUCGUUCAUCCUCUCUGAUUUCUAGGGUUUUGUUCCUUGGUGGAUUCGGGGGUUCGGAUCUAUUCUCUCAGUAAGAUGGAAGGGUGAAACCCUAGUUCUGGAGUGUGAGGGAAGAUGGUCAUGGAGUAAGGCAAAAUGAAUAGUGAUGGUACAGACUACGGAGAGCAAUCAACCAACACAUUUCGUGAAAAGUGAAACGCAGAAGAAUAACUGUUGUAUCAGAGUUGGUGUUAUGGGUGAUUCUGCUAUUGCAAGGUCUGGAAGUAGUAAAGAGAUACGAACGUACAAGCGCAGGAAAAAUGGGAGGUUGAGCCAUCAGGAGUAUGUGGCUUGCGAUUUUGGCGGCCAGAGGUACCCUUUAGAAGAAAGACCAGAUUCUACAGGAACUUGUAUUACUGAUAAACUCCCUGAGGUUGUCAGUGCAAAUAAAACCUCAAAUGGAUCGGUUUGUGAUACUACGACAGUGCGCUGUCAACGUGUUCUUUCGAAUGUUUUAGCUUCAGAGGAGUUUGCAUCAUUAAGUAAGUUGCUUACCAGAAAUCUUCAAGGAAUCAGGGUUGAAAACCUUCUGUCCACGAGUUUGAUAGCCACCAGGAUGAAUGCGGGACUUUACGAACAUUCACCUAUGCUUUUUUCAGCCGAUAUUCAAGAGGUCUGGAAGAAAUUGCUUUCUGUUGGAAAUGAAAUGUCUUUUCUUUGUAAUAGGCUCUCAGAGCUUUCAAGGACCUCCUAUGCUGAACAGUUCCAUUCUAGCAUAACAGAGUCUCAUCCAAAAGCACAUAACGUGGGAAAUGAUGGGAUCGUUGACGUUUGCAAGCUAUGUGGAGAAAAGGCAGAGGUGAGAGACUGUUUAGCAUGUGAUCAUUGCGAGGAUAUGUACCAUGUCUCAUGUGUACAGCCUGCUGGGAAGGGAAUACCGAAGAAGAGUUGGUAUUGUUUAAAUUGCACAUCUAAGGGAAUUGGAUCACCUCAUGAGUGUUGUGUAGCUUGUGAAAGGUUGAAAUCUCGAAGGGUAAAGAUGGAUAAUAGCAGUGUUGAUAUCAAUACAGCAUUCGAAGAAGAUUCAAAUGAAUUGGAAGAGAACUCAAGUAGCAACAUGGACCAUGACCAUGACCAUGACCAUGACCAUGGGGUUCAUCGUCAUUCAGAAGGGGAGAAAGACUCCGAAGUCUGUCAGAUAUGUGGAACUGAGGUGGAGAAUGGUGGAAGGUUCAUCACAUGUGAUCAUCCAUACUGCCCGCACAAAUAUUACCACAUCAGGUGCCUGACAUCGAGGCAGAUAAAACUACAUGGUGUCCGUUGGUACUGCCCCUCUUGUUUAUGCAGGAACUGCCUUAUCAACAAAGACGACGAUAAGAUAGUUCUGUGUGAUGGUUGUGACGAUGCAUACCACAUCUAUUGCAUGAAACCUCCACUCACAUCGGUUCCGAAAGGGAAGUGGUUCUGCACUGGUUGUGAAGCCGCGAUCCAGAAGGUCCGGAAAGCGAGAAAGGCGAUUGAGAAGAUGGGGAACCUGCAGGAACGGAAAAGCAGGAGAGAAAUCUGGAAUCUCGAGAGGAAACUGAGAGAGAAUGGUGCUGAAGAGGAGGAGGAUAUACGUGCUGGAGGAAUGGACAUGCUUCUGAAUGCAGCUAACACUCUGAAAGAUCAAGAACAGAACAGAUAUGAGCUCAUGGAAUGAAAGAUUGAUUUAAAAAAAAAAAGACAGUAAAAUUCUUCAUAACUCUCACUCAGGUUUCAUUCUCUACACAUCCUUCAUUCUUUUUCUUCUCUUUUUCUUUCUCUGAUCUUACAGUAUUAUAAUUGUGAUUAUAUUGCUCAUUUUCAGACUAGGGUGGUUAGAUCUCUAGGUGGAUUAACCAACUGAAACCCAUGCUUUUUCUU